AUGGAAAAUGCAUUGCAGUUUCGCAGCGACCAGCGUUUUAAAAUCGUGCAAUUUACUGAUAUUCAUUGGCACAAUGGUGAAGAACCCGAUCAACAAUCGGCAGCAUUAAUAGCACGAGUAGCAAAAACUGAAUCCCCAGAUUUGAUUGUGCUGACUGGCGAUAUUUUGGCGGGCGGAGGUUGUGAUGAUGCCGCUGAAUCCCUCCGACAAGUUGUUCAAACCGUCGAAGCGUGUGGGGUUCCGUGGGCAGCAGUCUUCGGGAAUCACGACGAUGAAGGCACCGCUGAUCGGCACGAACUCAUGGCAAUCAUGUCGGAGAGUCCGCUAUCCCUCACGCAACCAGGACCGGCGGAGAUUCCCGGUGUUGGGAAUUACGUCUUAUCCAUCCAGAGUUUUAAGGAGAAUGUGCCCGCUGCAGUGCUCUACUUUAUUGAUUCCGGCAGUUACGCGCAAACAGAUAUUGGUGGCUACGAUUGGAUUAAACGGGAACAAAUUGCGUGGUAUCUGCAAGAAUCUGCAAGAAUCACUGCUGGAGCGGGGAAUCCACUUCCUGCACUCGCCUUUUUCCACAUCCCAAUUCCUGAAUAUGACGAGGUAUGGGACUUUCACACCUGCUAUGGGGUGAAAUAUGAGAACGUAUGCGCGCCUCAGGUCAAUACGGGUUUCUUCGCCGCGAUGCAUGAAGCAGGCGAUGUCAUGGGAACGUUUGUCGGACACGAACAUGUUAACGAUUUCUGGGGUGAUUUGCACGGGAUUCGCCUGUGCUACGGGCGCGCUUCUGGCUACAAUACUUACGGUCGAGAGGGAUUUCCCCGCGGCGCACGGGUCAUAGCGUUACAGGAAGGUGAACGUCAAUUUGAGACAUGGCUUCAUCUGGAUGACGGGACAGUAGUCGCGGGAGCAACCGGAGCAUACGCCGCUUCAGCGAACUUUUACCGAAGAUUAACGGAACGCACUGCAACUAAUAAUCGGAUUUAA